AUGUUCACAGGGGAAGGCGACUCCCGUAACCUCUAUCAACAGCUAGUAGUUGACAGAUCUCUCGCUGUUAGUGAUUUCUUUGAAUCUAAAAGAUCUUCCCUGCUUUCCAAAUCGGAAGAUGUGAGGGAGACGGCGUUUUCUGAGUUGGUGGGCAACUUGCGUUCAUUUCCGGAUGAUUUUCUCUCCGAACAGCAAGUGAGACUCCUCUUGGAUUUCUUGCUUGGAAACCUGGAGACAUCUGCUGUCAUAGCGUCGUAUGCCAUUGAAGGCGUUCAUCAUCUGGUGCUCAAAAGCAAGAAUCUACCAGAAGCGUUUGAGACUGCAUUAGUGCAAACUAUGUUCAGAGACGGAAAUGUGCAGGGGUGGGAUCUCGAAAAGCGCCUGCUGCAAUAUGACAUCAUGGAAUGGCUGCUACUGCAUCGCUUGAAAGAAAUCAGUGUCCUGGGAUCGGAUUUCGUUCUGUCGUUCAUCAGAUCUGUCGGAGGAGAACGGCACCCGCGAUGUCUUCCUCAAGUCUUCAGAAUGUUUGUAAUGGUAGUGCGAUCUUUUUCAAUGGGGCCACUUGUUGAGGAUAUGUUCGAACUGGUCGCAUGCUAUUUUCCAGUUGAAUUCAAGCAGCCUUCUAGUGACGUACCAAUCACGCAAGAAUUGUUGGCUCAAGGGUGUCUGAGAUGCUUGACUGCUCACCCGGACUUUGGCCCUUUCUGUUAUAUGCUGAUGAGGAGAAAUUCCAGGGACGGAUUGAAUGCACCAGUGAGCAGAAACACGAGACCUAUAGAAGCAGCUCAUGUUUUCCGACCGGAAGAUAUCGUCGAUCAUCUUGAGCCUAUUCUAGGAGGAAUACGUGCCACUGGACUGAAUCCUAAAUAUCUUGAACCGUUUGUUCUUCAAGCCGAAAUGGGUCUUACUGAACGGGCACUGAGCCUGUUGCGUUGCGCUGCAAGUGAGGGACCAGCUAUUCGGAGCACGAUCUAUGAUCGCGUGAUUCCGUGGAUUCUUAUGCUUGUUCAGGGUGAUGUCGUCAACGCCAAAGCGAAUCGUCGGGAGGUUUUAGAAGAAGGGCUUCGUUGCCUCAUCAUCUGGACAAAGGAGAUUCAUGACAAUGGAUGUGACGAUGUGCUGCUCCGGUUUGAGUCUUCGUUGUUUGCUUCAUUAGAAGUUGCGAGAGAGAUAGCUCCUAACGAGGCCCUUGCUGCUCUGUACGAUUGUUCAGCGGUAUAUCUGAGAAUCGACAGUCUCCCAGUGGAUAUCCUUGAAAGAAUCAAGAAUGGAGCCCUAGUGUCUUGGAACACAAUGAAGAGCGAAACAGUGCAGUACGUGUGUUCCACUUCUUGUGGUAUUUCAUAG